UUCACGAAGCACACACAUAUAGUCACAUGCACACACACACACAGAGAUGAACAGAAACAUAUGACAUAACUUUUCAAUGGAGAUCAAGCAGGAGAAGCUAUGGCUUUCUUUAAUUGUGCUCUCUGUAAUUACUACAACGGUUUUGGGGGAAUUUGGAGGACCAUUACUGAAGGGUUUCUACAAAGAGAGUUGCCCAUUAGCAGAGGAAAUUGUUAAGCAUAACGUCGAGGUUGCUGUUCUCAAAGAUCCUCGUAUGGCGGCUUCUCUUCUUCGUCUUCAGUUCCACGAUUGCUUCGUCUUGGGUUGUGAUGCGUCUGUGCUCUUGGACACACAUGGUGAUAUGGUGAGUGAGAAACAAGCAACUCCUAAUGUGAACUCUUUGCGUGGAUUUGAAGUAAUUGACUACAUUAAGUACCUCCUUGAAGAUGCUUGUCCUCUAACCGUCUCCUGUUCCGAUAUCCUCACCAUGGCCGCUCGAGACUCAGUCUUCCUGAGAGGAGGACCAUGGUGGGAAGUUUUGCUAGGGAGAAGAGACUCACUAAAGGCAAGCUUCGCAGGCGCAAACCAAUUUAUUCCGGCACCAAACUCCUCCCUCGAUAGCCUCAUCAAUAAUUUCAAGCAACAAGGCCUCAACAUUCAAGAUCUCAUCGCACUUUCGGGUGCUCAUACAAUAGGUAAAGCGAGAUGCGUGAGCUUCAAGCAACGCAUAGUUCAACCAAACAUGGAACAAACGUUCUACGUCGAUGAGUUCAAGAGACAAAGCACAUUCAGGCGAGUCCUACGGUCACAAUGCAAAGAUUCAAGCCGUGACAACGAACUGUCACCAUUGGAUAUCAAGACGCCAACUUACUUUGACAAUCAUUAUUACACCAAUCUGUUAGAGGGGAAAGGGUUGUUGAUAUCGGAUAACGUUCUGGUCACAGAAGAUCAUGAAGGAGAGAUCUUUAGGAAAGUAUGGGAAUACGCAGUGGAUCAAGAUCUCUUCUUCAAAGAUUUUGUGGAAUCCAUGUUGAAAAUGGGAAGUAUUAAUGUUCUUACUGGUAUAGAAGGUGAGAUCAGGGAGAACUGUAGAUUUGUAAAUAUCUGAAUUAAAAAAGUAUGAUUACAAAUUAUUUGCAUACGUUACAAUAUCAACCAAGAUUAAGUAAUGAAUUUUGCCGGUUUAUUAACAAUUAAAAUUGGCCUGUAUAUUGGACUACUCUGCUUCGGCCAAGUAUGUGUUUAACUAAUCUAGUGUCGUUUAGAGUUGCAAUGGUCAAUGUUUACAACCUCAAAUUAUCAGUGCAAUGCUCACAUUUCAAAAGCUCAAAUUAUCAGUGCAAUGGUUAAUGUUCAAGCAGACGCUAGUGAACCUGUGUCCAAACAAAAUUGAAAAUUCCCUCUGAACAAAUAAAAAUUGAUUGUAAAACUAAUAAAAAUCACGUUUUUUUGGUUAGAAGGGCAUCAGAUAAUCAUAAAAGUUAGCAUCACAUACAAUCAGACGCAAAUUACCCAUGAAAUAUAAUUUCAUCAUCUGCCCAGUAAAAAUCAUAAGAAAAUUAAAAACCAAAUUCUUGAAAUCAACAAAACAAAACAUAAAAACAAAAACUAAAGAAUCUGAGUAUCAGCUCUCCAAGGUGAAUAAAACAUCAAUGUAAUUUCAGUCUCAAAUAACAUCAAUAUAUGAGAUUCAUCCUUUACUCAGAUCCCAAAAA